CGUAUGGGGCCUCGGGGUUCAGGGAGACUGAGGGUAGCAGUCUGAGCACAGUGGAGUCCCUCUGAGACCUGGGACCACAGGUCAGCGCGAACGCUCAAGGCGCCCCCUGGAGGCCACGCAGAAGUCCUCCAAAGGCGCCGGCGCGGGCGCAGAGCGCUUGGCGGGAGAGUCGGCAUGGCGCUGUCAGCCAGGGACCGGGCGAUGGUGCGCGCGCUGUGGAAAAAGCUGGGUGACAACGUUGGCGUCUACACGACCGAAGCCCUGGAGAGGACCUUCCUGUCCUUCCCUGGCACCAAAACGUACUUCCCCCAUUUGGACCUGAGCCCCGGCUCCGCCCAAGUUAAAGCCCACGGCCAAAAGGUGGCUGCCGCGCUGACCCUUGCCGUAGAUCAGCUGGACGACCUGCCGGGCGCCUUGGCCUCUCUGAGCGACCUGCACGCACACAAGCUGCGUGUGGACCCAGCCAACUUCCAGCUCCUGUGCCACUGUCUGCUGGUGACCCUGGCCCGGCACUAUCCCGGAGACUUCAGCCCCACCAUGCAGGCCUCGCUAGACAAGUUUCUAAGCCAUGUGACCUCCACGUUGGUCUCCAAAUAUCGCUGAAAUCCGGUGGGUCAUCUGGGGGCCUCCAGGAGUUCCCUUUCCCGAGGACCCCGCCUUGAAUAAAGUCCCCCAGAACGCUU